UUAUGAGACCGUGUUCAAAUUCUGUGUGGCUGGCGGAGGUGGCAGAGGUCUGGCAAUCAUGAGAAAAAAGGACUAGGGGUGUUUAUGGUGGCGGACUGCUCCGCGCAGUGGGCAGACAGACGUGAGCAAGCUUGUAACUCCUCUGGUCAGCUUCGAAGAACACGCAAUUCUCAGGGGGACACUGCUUGCUGGAACUGCACCGUUUGGCUGCUGGACAGCUACUGUUGUUUUCUCACCCUGUCCUCUGCCUAAUGUUCUGUGAGUCAUGUCAUGGGGCAUGUAAAGGAAUGCCUUCAUGAGCUGCGCUCACUUGGGUUCUUUCCUCCUAUACGUCUGCACAUGUUUUAGUAGAAAGUGAAAAGGAAAUCUGGCCUUUCUCCUCAGUAACAUUCUACUGUUCAUUUUUGUGGUUUGCACAAUGUAUUUCACACAUUUAGUUUAGAAAUAAUGCUCUCUAGACAUGCGUUUGGGCCCAAGAUCUCAAGUAAAUGCCACUCUGUGAUAGGUUUAAAAAGCACAUUUAAAAACCUCCCUCAGCACAUUAAAGGAGUUACCCUGUGAGUGCUGAUAACUUCCACUAAUCACAUUAGGCGUAGUCUUGCCAAGGCCUGGGCAAUGACACUUGGUCUGUUUGCGUGAUGAAACUUUAUCAGUGGCAACAAUUUAUGAGUCUAAGCAUUCCUGGCCAUACAAGACCUCCGUUCCAAGAAGGCAAGUCUUGGGCCCUAUAAAUACAAGGGCCAGCAAUAUUGUGCGGCUAAAUAUAAGCUCCUCUGUCCCGCCUGCAGUGGAGACACACAAGGCGAGGAGGAAGCUGUUUCUUCUUGGGCCGGAUUUCAUGCUCCCUCAUCGAUUCACUUGGCCUGUUGGCUGCCCAUUGUAAUUGUGUAAUCAGGCAUGAGGCGCAACUGCAUCAUGAGGAUUCCUCAAAGGUCACACCGACCUGUUUCUAACCCGACGUCACUGCCACCCCAGACGUCUUGCUCUGACUCCCAGGGAAAUGCUAUCGAUCAUCACGCCAUUAUCAAGAGGGGAUUUACUAAAAGGGGGCCCUCUGUGUCUGCACUGUACAAGCACGACAGCAGCAGAUUUCCUUUCACUUUGUAAGAGCCAUAUAUAUGUGACAUUUCACAACAGACAUGGUGUCCUGUAAUCUGAUGUCUUUCUUUAGGUUGUGCACCUCAAGUGAGUAAGGGGCUGGCUUGGCGUGGGUUUGUUGGUAAUGCAGUAAGCAAAAGAGCAGCAUUAGGGAGGGCUUGGCAUGAACACAUACCCCCACUGUUAUGGAUUUAGUUACUGAUGUCAUCAUUCCGGGACAGCCAGGCUGGAACGUGGCUGAGGUUCCUUAUGAAAAGUGAUUACAUGACUUGCCGCUGAUCCUGUGCGACUUUGUGCACCAGCCAAAAGCCUCUUUGUGCCCCUCCUCCCUCGUCUGCCCUGUAUGGCUACAACCCCCGGCCAUGUUGACACUAUGAUGAAUUAUUCAGUGCAGCUGACAGACGGUAUUAGAGCCACACCUCAGAUGGGGAAUGGGACGAACUGUCCGCCUUUGUCUUCUGGGUCUCUCUGUUUCCGUCUGUCUUAGUCUUAACCUUCGUAUGGCCUCGGAGAGCAGAUUAUCUAUCAUAGCCAUAGAUCACAAGAGGUGCUCAUUCUGUGCAGGUCAGGGCAUUAAUAUUGGUUCAGGAAGUGAUGCAUUUACGAUAGCUGUUCCACUUAAACAUCAUGCAAAGCACAUUCUGCCUCUAGUAGAUGAUGUUUUUAAAUAUUGAGCUAUCUCAGCGUGUCUUAGUCCUGUAAGGCUGAACGUGGUAGCUCUUUCCUCAGGGGACAUGGCCAUCAGCUGAGAACCCUCCGAGUGUCCUGCCGGCCACUCUGAAUGAUGGCCGAGGGCCUCGGCAUUCCACUGGGCCUGAGAGGCUGGCCAUUUGGCACUGACCGCUACAAGGAUAAUACCGGCUGAUUUACUGUGUCAAACUGAAUCAUUUUAGUCUGGCAGUCUCCCCUGAGAUGCACCCUUCCAACAGAGUCCCCUGGGCUCGUUUCAAAUGCAGCAGCGGAGAGCCGCUUCUGUUGAACUCAGCAGAAGCACUGAUCUGUCUGAGGAUUGGGUUUUGCGGAGCCGAGUGUGAGUUAUGGAUUGAUGUCUCGGCUAAUUGAAAUUGAGGAGUUUGAAUGGAGAAAUGGCCCAUAUGCCCAGUGGCAGGCCACUCUGUUUUCACAGCUGUGAGGAGCCGUGAGUUGUGAAGGAGUGCUGCUACUGACCAGACAUUUCUGCACAAAAUUUCCUGUUCACAAACCACAUCAAAGCACAUUAAAAGAGCUUUAGAGUGACUUGGCCUGAAUGUAAGUGUAGCAUGAUUUAGGAAUAUUUUGAAAUAAUUAUCGUAAUGUCUUAAAGCAAAGUGGUCUAUUUAUGAAUGUGGAUUUCCAAAGGUUAACCAAAAAUUCAACAAGCACUGAACAUCUGAACAUUUCAUUUGUGUGCGUUCUGGUUGUGAGCUGGGAAUCAAACACCUAUUACACAAGUUAGACAAACAAGCAUUCGUUCAUCUAAGUGGCCAUCCAUGUGGUGAGUACAAAAAUUGGGAGGUGUGUGAUCAACCGAAAUGACACCAAGCACCAGCUGACCUGAAAACCCUUUUGGUGCAUGAGUUGUGCAGUGCACAAGAGAUUGGGAAGUGCACAACACACAACUGUAGAGCUGUUUGGAGGUGUACAGAAUAUGCUGAUUACCGAAUGAGAAGAGUGUAAUGUCUGCCAAGAACUCCUCUCCGCUGUCUCCAUGUUCUGAGGGAGAAUUUGGGAGGGGCCAGGAAUCAGAGAAAUGGGACAAUGAGGAGAGAGACAGGAGGACUGACCUGGACUCUGACAUGUCCCCCACACCACCACAGCGCAGCCAGUCACCUGUGGAGGAGCAGCAGCCAAUCAGCAGUCAGCAACAAGACUCUGACCUGGAUGGCUUUGGCUCAGCACAGCAGGACUCAGACAGCAAUAAGAUGAGCACCUUGUAUUCUCAUCUGAACAACUCCAACGUCUCGUCUCCACACAAGCCAGAGGAGCGCCCUGACCCCCUGAAUGCUUCUGCUUUCGGGACGCUGGAGCGCCGCAAGGGCAGCCUGGCUGAUGUGGUGGACACACUCAAACAGAAGAAGAUGGAGGAGAUGACAAAAACUGAACAAGAUGAAUCGACUUGCAUGGACAGAUUUCUUUCAAAGGACUGGAAGGAGAGAAUGGAAAGGCUGAAUGCAAGUGAGCUUCUUGGAGAGAUCAAAGGUACUCCAGAGAGUCUGGAGGAGAAGGAGCAGCAGCUCUCUACCAUGAUCACUCAGCUCAUCAGUCUGCGGGAGCAGCUCCUGGCCGCCCAUGAUGAGCAAAAGAAGAUGGCUGCCUCACAAAUGGAGAAGCAGCGGCAACAGAUGGAGCUGGCUCGCCAACAGCAGGAGCAGAUUACAAGACAACAGCAACAGCUCCUGCAGCAGCAGCACAAGAUCAAUGUCCUCCAACAGCAGAUUCAGGUCCAGGGUCACAUGACUCCUCUGAUGAUCCCCCUCUUCCCCCACGACCAGCGUUCCCUGGCUGCGGCCGCAGCUGCCCAGCAGAGCUUCCUCUUCCCCCCAGGGCUGUCCUACAAGCCAGGUGAUAACUACCCCAUGCAGUUCAUUCCAUCCACCAUGGCAGCUGCUGCUGCGUCAGGCCUGAGCCCAUUACAGCUGCAGCAGUUGUAUGCCGCCCAGUUGGCCAGCAUGCAGAUCUCUCCUGGCGCCAAGAUGUCCACUCUCCCUCAGCCCACAGUGGCCAACACCUCAGGGUCUCUCUCCCCCACAGGCCUCAAGAGUGAGAAGAGGACCUCCAGCCCUCAAACACACAUGAAGGACGAGGGCACUCAGCCUCUGAACCUCUCCGCUCGACCGAAGAGCAUGGAGGCCAUGCGCUCCCCCACGUCCCCCUCCCACAGCCUCUACCCCGGCAAUAAAACAAGUCCAAACAGCCUGGGCAAGGGUGGCAUCCCCAGCCCAAUCCCCAACAUGAGCCGUGCAUCCUCACUCGACAUCCUGUCCAGUCUGAACUCGACAGCGCUGUUCGGGGACCAGGACGCAGUGAUGAAGGCGAUCCAGGAGGCGAGGAAGAUGAGGGAGAGGAUGCAGAGGGAGCAGCUCCAGCAGCAGCACAGCCUGGACGCCAAACUCUCCAGCCUCAGCGGCAUGAACCUCCAUAAUGGCAGCCAGGCACGUACACACUUUGAGAGUCUAGGGCAGCAUCUUGGAAAACUUGGUGAGGAUAUGAAGCUGGGUCACAGGGUCAUUGACCUUACCAGACCUGAGGAUAUGGAAGCAGGGGGCGGUGGCACUGUCGAGGCGCGGGUGUUCCGGGAGGCUCGUGGGAGGCACACCAAUGAGCCCCACAUCAAGCGGCCCAUGAACGCUUUCAUGGUCUGGGCCAAGGACGAGAGGCGCAAGAUCCUGCAGGCCUUCCCUGACAUGCACAACUCCAACAUCAGCAAGAUCCUGGGUUCCCGCUGGAAAUCGAUGUCCAAUCAGGAGAAGCAGCCAUACUAUGAGGAGCAGGCUCGACUCAGCAAGAUCCACCUGGAAAAAUACCCCAAUUACAAGUACAAACCCAGGCCCAAGCGGACCUGCAUCAUCGACGGGAAGAAACUGCGCAUUAGUGAAUACAAGCAGAUGAUGCGCUCAAGACGGCAGGAGAUGAGGCAGUUUUUCAACAUGGGGCCACAAACUCAUGAGAUACCUGUUAACUCGAGCACAGGUACGAUAUAUCCAGGUAAUAUCGCCAUACCGACCACCCCACCUGCGCCUCACAUAGCAUCAGACUGCUCCAGUGCCUCUGGCAGCCCCGAGCCGGCCAUUCCUGUGAUCCAGAGUACCUUUGGCGUGAAGAUGGAGCCCAGCGCCUUGCCAACCAGCGAACCCACCAACGGCGAGGACGAGAUGGACAUAUACGAGGAUUUUGAAAACGAGCCAAAAUCAGACUACAGCAGUGACAAUGAAACACGGGAGCCGGUCAGCGCUAACUGAGCAUGCUCAGACCACUCCCUGUAAAGUCUCAUAUGGACUGAGCUUGCUUGGACAGCGUCCCACCAACAGGCCGGACUGUUCUUGACAGGGCAUCGUAAUGGAGUGGGGUGGGGUGGAGCUGGCAUGGCGCGCGCUGGACUCAGGAUUUUUCCACUGACUGGAGCAGGCUCGCGAGCAGCCGCCCCAUGCCACUCGAGACAGUGGCACGCACCAGCCAACCAAGUCACUGUCUAGCCAUUACGUCGUCUGGCCUAGCCAUGGUGUUCAGCAGUAUCUCAUACAACUGUGGGCUAACAAAUGCAGAUGUCAAAUGCAGAUAUAAAGAUGACCAAAACAUUGAGCUGGAGAGAGAGAGAGUCUCUAAGGAGAGUAGGGGGUGAAGGGGGAGUAUUUCUAGAUAAGAUGAGCAGAUGUCAUGGAAACUCACUGAUGUUUUGCAUGUACAGUAUGUGCUAAAGUAAAGUGUGAAGAUGGGUAUAACGAUCAAUUUGUUACCAUUCAAAACAUUAGAAGUCACUACAAUACAUUAUUAUAUCCAAACUAAGAAUACCUCCAUUUCCAAACCGAAAAUCAAAGUAUAUAUUGCUCGUUAAAUUAUUUAUGGACACCAACUGAUGGAUGGAUCUGUUUUGGUAGAGGUAUUUAUUUGGCCGUUUAGCGGCAUGUUGUGUUCUGAGGGAAAUUAAUUCUAAGCACUGGAGCUGGUGGAGAUACUCCCACUGCAUGUGUGUGUGUGUUGGUGUGUUUGUGUGUGUGGUGACAUGUCCACCCACCCAGCUCUGCUCUGCUCAUGUGCUCUGGCUCUGACCGUCACCAUACCAACUGAUGAAGCUCGCAGUCUCAGCCUGUUCUGCUGUUCUGUUUUUGAUUGAUUGAGCCAGAAUCAGAGACAGGAGAUGAUUCAGCUAAAUAUGUAUUGUUUUUUAGGAUUGCAUGCAUCUGAGGCUAUUAGUCUUAAUCUGUUUGUUGGUCUUAAGACAUUUCUUAAUGCGUGAAGUUAGGUUGUUUUUACUUUUAUUUAAUCCUUUUUAUGUAUAUAUUUCUUUUCUUCUUGCUUCAUGGACACUUUUCAUAGUCAAGUCAUAGCCUAUUAAAACCUUGUACUGUCAGGACUUGAAACUUACAACGAUAGUAUUUAAAAUAAAAGUAUUGCUUUUUUCAGUCUAAAAUGUUACUCGUACUCCCCAUUGAAGUCUAAUAUAAAUGUUUGAAAUGGGGUUCCUUCGCUCACUCAGGAAUGUUGUGCCAGCGUGUGAAUGUGUUUUAAAUGAACUAUUUAAAAAGCCGGGGGAGGGUGGGGAAAUGAGAUACUAUAUAUUGUUGACUUUCAAUCCCAUUGUUUUCAGUAUGUUUUGUGUUUUUAUUUGUUGGAAAUCUAAAGGUGCCAAAAAGUAAAGUAGUCGAAAUCAUAAAUUAUUAGUAAAGGCACUUAACAGCACAAUCGCUUAAUGAAAUUCCAGCCUAAUUACUCAGGAUGUUGCCAGUUUUCUCGAUGAUCACCAAGUGGUAAGGGGGCAAAGGCCCACAAUCAUGUGAUCUGUGGUGUCUUCAUGGUGAACUAAAGAACACACUCAAGUAUUUGGAGCCUUGGGUUAGAGGUGAUGACAUAGAGAAACAGGUCUGAAGACAGGGAGCCAGAAGGUUUACAAUAUCUUGAGCUGACACCACCAAUGUUUUAAAAUAAGUCUUAAAUUUCAUUGCCAUUUAAGAGGAAUUUGCAUAUGUAAUGUAUAAAUUAUAAUGCAAGAUGUGUAGAUGUGCAUGUGUAAAAAGAACCCCUAAAUAUUGCAGGACUGAUUCCACAAUCAUAUUUAAACUAUACGGUUUACAACAGUGGCAAAUAUACAAGUGUUACCUCUACUUGCAUAGUGAGUACAUUUUUCUCCAAAGGUGUCAUUGGUGAUUAGGCAGAAUUGUUCAUCCAUACCUAUUUUCUAAGUGUCACAGACUAGAUUUGAAUCAGACUCGUCUGCUGCCAAAUGUCAAAUUGGUGUAAUGGCAUCUGGCAGUGAUAUGGGAGUAUUCAUUUCUGCUCAUAGUUUUCAUAGUCUUAAUUUUUUCUACUUUUUUUGGAGGGGCGGGGGUAUUUUAAAUUAAUGUUUGCAGUUUCUUUUUUAUUUCAAGUUUACUAAUUGUAAGUUAUUUAAAAAUUCUUUACAUUUUUCAUAGGGCAAUGUUUGUAGGCUGGUUUGGAAUUUGUACAUUUUUCACGUCUGUGCCAAAUAAUGUUAUGCUGGUUCAAAGACAAGACAAGAUGAUGUAUUGUCAUUGAAAUAUUGAAAAACAGAUAAAAACAAAAAAUAUAUUGAACCUUUGUAGCGAUUCUGUUAAAUAUUAUAAGUGUUAUAAGCACUGGAUAUAAAGUGUAUUUUUAACAAAUUCUGACUAAUGUGAAGAUGUUCUACAAUACACAUGGGUUGUGACUAAAAUGCACACAAUUCUGAAUCUCUGACAUUUUGACAUCUGUCUCAUUUUAUGUCAUUGACGCUUCAUUUCAAAAGAGAAUGAAUGAAUAUUGAUGCUCCAGUGCUGCCUGUGGGGUAGUGACUAGUCAGCCUCCCUCAACUGUAACACACACACAAACUCACACACACACACACAAACUCUCUCUCUCUCUCACACACACACACACACACACACACACACACACACACACACACAUACAUAUCCUGGACAUACAUACAGAACACUUUUGUGUUAAAUAUUGUAUUUGAAGCUAUUUAGUGUAUAAUAACAUUUUGUUGUAUUUAUUAGCCUCUACUGGCUCUAAAACAAUGCGAUCAAAUGACAAUCAGAAAAAUAAAGACUCUGCAAUUUGGA